AUGGCACCACCACCACCAUCACAACCAUCACAACAAUCACAACAAUCACAGCAAUCACCUUCUCAACAUGAACAACAAAAUAAUCACAAUCAAACCGGGUCCCGACCACAAGGUCCCACUAAUAUAUCAUCAACCCAACCCCCCCAACCCCCCCAACCAAUAUAUCCUUCUUACUCUAAUAACCAACCACUUCCCUCUAUAUCUCGGAUCGGUACCAAACAACAACAGCAACAACAACAACUGCAACCUCAAUCACCUUCCAAACUAACAUCAAUCACCCGAAUCGUCAACUCAGAAGACCCUCCAGAUCAAUCCAAACGUCCCUUCCAUGUUUAUUCUUUCACUCCAGUCAAGUUUGGUGCUCCCAUUCCAGCAGAAUCUCAAACAUCUUUUACCCUUUCUUCUUCAAUCUCAUCAUCAUCAUCCCCUUCAACAAACCCUACCUCUCCAACAAAUCCCUCGAUAACAAAACAAAUUCUUCCUACCAGACCCUUUGUAAACACUACAAUAGACCCUUCAAGCAAUGCUAUGACUAAAUCAAAACGCAGAUCUUCAUCAUCUUCUUCAUCUUCUAAUUCUUCUUCUUCAAAAGACCAACCACUUCUGCCUCCUCCUCCAAUUCCUACCCCAAACCUAACUCAACAACAAGCUCAGCAACAAACUCAGCAACAAGCUCAGCAACAAACUCAGCAACAAGCUCAGCAACAAGCUCAACAACAAGCUCAUCAACAAGCUCAACUACAACAACAACAACAACGUCAAGCAAAUGAUCUUCCAGAUACCCACUCAGGAAAACGCAUAGCAUGCAUCGAAUGCCGCCAGCAAAAGGUCCGCUGUGAUGCUCAUGCCAAUUACCCAGGGCCUUGCUCUCGCUGUACCAAAAAGGGACUCAAAUGCUUGCUCCAACCAGAUUUUAAGCGCACUUAUAAGCGUCGCAGACUAGUUGAGGUUGAAAAGGAAAACCUGCUUCUUAGACAGUCCAUGGAACAACUCUACCCAGGCCCUAUAUCCCCUCCUCCCCCCUCAUCUCAACCAUUUCAACAACAACAACAACAACAACAACAACAACAACAACAACAACAACAACAACAACAACAACAACAACAACAACAACAACAACAACAACAACAACAACAACAACAACAACAACAACAACAACAACAACAACAACAACAACAACAACAACAACAGCAGCAGCAGCAGCAGCAACAACAACAACAACAACAACAACAACAACAGCAGCAGCAGCAACAACAACCCAAUUCACUUGUGACGGCUGCUCCUUCCUCUAACCCCCCACCUCAACCAUUACCCACCGCCCAAUCAUCAGUACCAUCCACUGAUCCAUCCAAACCUUUACAAAAUACCCAUGAUCAGGAAAAACUUCGCAGAAUGGCUUCCGCUGGGUCUCUCCUUGACUUAUCAAACUCAGGCCACCAAACCUACCCUCAAUCGGAACCUUCUACUAUCCUUAAUACCCCCAAUCUUGAAACCCCGCCUGCCCUCACCCGACCUUUUGACCCCCUAUACUCCGCUGCUCGCCCCCCUGAACCUUCCUCUGCUUAUAACGAUCUUCCACCUCCAAUCUACCAGCUUAAAUCCAAAGCUGGCCUCCCAUCCCCGUCCCCAGUCAAUACCCCGUCUUCAGACAACCACCCGACCCCUGGAUCAACAAAUACCGGCCGUACUUCUUCAUCAUCCUCCACCUCCUGGCGUAAAGCUCUCAGUACUAUGGACACGGAAUCCUGGACUGAUUAUGACAAUGGCGUCUGGAAGUGCUCAGAUAAAACUAUUGAAGACCUUACUCUCCCUGCAAAUACAGUCUCAAGGCUUUUCAAUGAAUUCAUAACCAAGUAUCAUCCAGUCCUCCCCGUUGUUGACAUUUCCCGAGGGCCUGAGAAAAUCCACCAACUCAGUCCAUGUCUUUUUUGGACAAUCAUGACCGUAGCCUCUCGCAGAUUCGAUAAAGACUCUUCCCUCAUGCUCCAACUUAACCCACUUCUUCGCACUUGUCUCUCGGAAAUUACAAUCUCUCCAUUCACCCGCUUUGCACCAGGUAGUACUGGCCCUCAACCAUUUCUCAACGUCGCCUCUGUCUACACCGUCCAAGCAUUUCUCAUCUUUACAAUGUGGCCCUCUAUCACCUCUUCUCUCAGUGCAGAUUCAUCCUGGAACACCGCCGGUCUCGCCAUGUUUAGCGCCAUUCGUGUUGGGUUACAUUGUCCAGGCUAUGCUCGAGAUUUUGGCAGAGUUAAAGCUGACAAUCCCAUUUACCCGCACAUUUCCGAACAAGUCCGCACUUGGAUCUGUUGCAAUAUUGUUUCCCAGACUGUCGCAACUGUUUACGGAUUCCCAGCUUUCACUUCUUUCGAUGCAACUGUCAUCUCAGCAUGCCAACCUGACUCCCGUGUCAAUGUCCCCCUCGAAAUAAAACAGCUUAUGCUUAUCGAAAACCUCGAAGAAGAAAUUGCAAAAACCCUCAACUCAAACCCUAAAGACCCCCUGGGCCUGUCCGAACUUUCCGAGCGCCUUUCCCUUAUUCAAAUUCUUUCUCGUAAACUUGACGAGCUCGAAAUGCGUCUUACCGACGUUGUAGACGAUCUCCGCCGUUUUGUUCUUCUCGGUGCACGAGUACAUCUCCUUACUUACUACUUCCUAGACAAUGGCGGCUACUCCGAGCUCCAGCUUCAAAAGGGUAUCGUCCAAGUCUACAACAGUGCCCUUGCACUCAUGGAGCACGCAGAUAUGGCCAAUCGUCGUGACCGCUACUUUUUCAAAUACCUCCCAGGAAUCUACGUCCAGAUCCUUUGGCAGUCCACAGCCAUCAUCUGCAAAGUCUACCAUUCACCGUUUGCCCGCUUUGUGGAUGGUGAAGCUGGUCGCAUGCUUUACCUCUCUUGCGUAUCCCUUAUUUCUAGAGCUUCUAUCUUUAAACAUGAUAUGAUGUACCGAGCUUCGGAGAUUAUGCAGCAAAUGUGGCGACUCUACGGGUCUCUGGCACGACGCAAAAACGGACCGGUCCCACAGAUCCGCAUCCGCACCCGCAUGGCUGCUAGCGUGUUUUUCGAUACCUUGUGGACCAUGCGCGAGGAGUGUGGAAUCUUGAGUGUUGCACCUGCUGUACUUUCUCAGAGAAACUCAGAGGAAGAGGAAGACAAGGAUGAUGACGACGAAGAUGACGACGAGGGGUUCCCGCAAAAGCAACAAAAGUCUGAACAGAAACAACAAAAUAGAGAAUCAAGCGAAAGUGAUGAUGACGGCGCACCGGGACUUUCCAUGGAAGAUGCCAAGAAAAAUGCAGCAAAGAAUAAAUCCGCCCAGCUCCCAAAAGACAAACCGUUGGCUUCUUCAGCAUAUGCAAAACAAGCACCAGUGAGUACUGUCGGAACCGAACACAAACCUGUCUCUUCACAACCCAGCAGCACUACAGGCCACCCAACAGCAGCAGCAACACCAGCAACACCAGCAACACCAGCAUCAAUAGCAUCAAUAGCAUCAAUAGCAACAACACCAGCAUCAACAGCAACAACAGCAAUAACAACAACAGCUUCAAAUGCCAAACAGUCAGUUGCUCAAACUACAAUACCUUCCAUGUCGCCACGAUCCACAGGAUCCGGACCUUCGCGACAUGGGUCUUCGUCACUUGUUCCGUCGACUUCCACUUCCACACUCCAUUCCUUGCACCACCAGACCCAUCUGGCGCCCAUGACAACAACAGCAGCAACACCAACAACGUCUUCUUCCUCACCGGCUAGUAGAGCAACCACAGUGGCUACAGCGGCUACAGCGGCUACAGCGACUUCAGCUGCAGCUGCAACAGCUGCAUACCUCGACGACUACUUCAUAACUUGGGACGCAGACAACUUGAUGCGCGACGUGACCAUGCUUAUGUCGGACUACGGGUUCCACGAAGAUGAAGCAGCGUCAUUGCAGAACCUGUAUGCUGGAAGACCUGGAGGGACUUCAACAGGAGGAAGCACAGGUGCAGGCAGUAAUGGGAGUGGGAAUACGGGUGGAGCUGGAGGUAAUGCAAGUGGCCAGGGACCUGGCGGGGUUCAUUUUGGGAACCUUUUUUGA